UUGCUACCGGUACAUAAAGAUCUAGUCCCAAUUUCCGAGAGCUUCUCGGCUUCACAGAGUGACAGUCACACACCCCACACCACGGACCGUGGUGUCGGAGUGUCGCAGCAGCCUUGAUGAGCUCUUGACUCUUGAUGUCAUUUAUUCAUCCUCGACAAGUUCGACAACGCUGUAUUUGACCAGAAUCUCUUUCACCGCCCUUACCUAACGCGGUCGAGCGCAAGUAAUCGAUCAUGAAGUUCCUCUUGUUCCUGGUGGUGCUGGCGCUAGUACUGUCUGUGGCUGCGCUCGGUGGUCUUGGCGAGAGGAAGAAGAAUAUGGACCGAUUUGACCAUUCCGCCAUUAGAGUCAUUCGAAAUGCUUUGAGUGGCGGAAUGGGGGCUGUCCAGUACACAGGGCCACCCCAACCUCUCCUCGUCAUUGGAGCUGGUUUACCCAGAACAGGCACUGCUAGUCUCAAAACAGCACUGGAAAUGUUGGGACUCAGAUGUCAUCACAUGAUGGAGGUGGUUGAGACAAAGGGGAAGAUAGAUUUUUGGCAUCAGCAUCUUGUGAAGAAAUCUAUUGGCUUUGACAAAGUCCUCAAAGACUUGGCCAACGAUGGGUUCAAUGCCACUGUGGAUAUGCCGGCAGCAUUCAAAUACAAAGAACAAAUGAAACAAUAUCCGGAAGCUAAGAUUAUUCUUUCAAUCAGAAGUGAAGAAGGAGACAAGGCAGCAACAAAGUGGGCCAACAGCAUGGUGAAUACUAUUCUCAAUGUUCCUGCAAUGUGCCGAGAUGUCCCUUUUCGUUGGGUAGCAAAAGUCAUCCAAGCUGCGGAAUAUUUCGAAGGUUCUUAUGGUGGUGUUGACCUUCCCAUGUAUGAGCCUGAGAAACUACCUGCCUUCUAUGAUGCUUGGAAUGAGGAUGUCUUGAGAACUGUGAACCGGGAGAACCUUCUUGUGUUUCGAGCAAAGGAUGGGUGGAAGCCUCUCUGUGACUUUCUGGGGCCAGUCUCUGAAAUUGUUCAGGCCAACUGUCUCAGUUUCAUUGCUUCCAAUGAGCCCUAUCCACGCACCAAUGACACUGCUAAUAUCCUGCGUGCAAUUUCAAAUGCCCGAAUGAUCAUUUGGGUUUCCAAAUCCAUGCCUGCAUUUUUGGCGGUUGCGAUUGCGUGGAUGAUGAACCGGAACCGUUUUGCAAGGAAGAAGAGCGACUAAAUAAAUGAAGCAUCCUCUAGCUAUAGUCUGAGUUAGAAUAUUAAUAUGGGUGACAGGGCAGACUGCCGCGGGUCCUUGUGUUGCUCCGGAUUGGACG